AUGGACAUCUACAUCGACGACAUGGUUGUUCGGUCGCCGGAUGAUGAACAACAUUUGCACGAUUUGGAAGAAGUAUUCACUCAGAUCAGGAGGUAUGGCAUGCGGGUAAACCCGGCGAAAUGUACCUUCGGCGUAGCCGGGGGGAAAUUCCUAGGUUUUAUGCUUACCUCCCGGGGAAUCGAAGCCAACCCCGACAAGUGCGAAGCCGUGUUGAAGAUGGCAAGCCCCAGCACGCUCAAGGACAUCCAGAGGUUGGUCGGUCGGUUGACAGCACUAUCCCGUUUCGUUCCGAAAUUAGCCGAACGAAUUCGGUCGAUCGUCAAGAAAAUGAAAAAGGAUGCCCCGGGAAAAUGGGACGCGGAGUGCGAGCAAGCAUUUGCUGAAGUGAAAGAGAUUCUGAUGAACCCCUCCGUCAUGAACAGACCAAUACCAGGCUAUGAGUUGCAAAUAUAUUUGGGGGUGUCCGACACGGCGAUCAGUGCGGUCCUAACACAGGAAGAACCUUCCCCAAAACUUAUAUAUUUUGUCAGUCGCACGCUUCAGGAGACGGAGGUCCGUUACCAGCAAGUAGAAAAGGUGGCGCUGGCGCUCCUCCACACCUCCCGCAGACUUCGCCAAUAUUUCCAGGGAUACCAAGUGGUCGUCAGAACAAAUCAUCUAAUGGCUAAGGUGCUAAGGAAACCUGAUCUGGCCGGACGAAUGGUGGGUUGGGCCGUCGAGUUAUCAGAAUUUGGUCUCCGGUACGAACUGAGGGGUUCCAUUAAAGGCCAACAUCUUGCUGACUUCGCAACUGAGUUGCCUGUGUUCGGGAGUGAUCAAUGGACCCUUUACGUUGACGGAGCGUCCGGACGACAGGCCAGUGGGGCCGGAAUAGUUUUGGAAGGACCGAACGGUUUUUUGCUUGAAUACUCGCUGGUAUUUAAGUUCAAAACAUCCGAUAACCAUGCUGAAUAUGAAGCUCUGGUGGCCAGGUUAGGGCUUGCAAAGGAUAUGGGAGCACGAAAUAUGGUGUGUCGGACGGAUUCGCAACUGGUCGUGGGGCAGAUGAAUUGGGAAUUUCAGGUGAAGGAGGACCAUCUGCUGAAGUAUUUUCACCGCGCGACAUCCUUAGUGGAGACCUUCGAAAAGGUUGUGAUCCAACAUAUCCCCCGAGAGCAGAAUACGCGGGCCGACAUGUUGUCUAAACUCAGCUCUGGCAAAGAAAAGGGUCAACUUACAACUGUUAUCCACCAGGUCUUGCUCCAGCCUUUCGUAGAAUGUUACGCCAUAACUUCGGCCAGUAACGACUGGCAAGAUGAGAUAAGAAGAUUGAUAAAAAGGCAAGAGGAUGAACUAUCAGUAGAUUCAUCCGAAUCAAAGAAGAUCGCCCGGUUUAUAAUAAUCGGGGACGACUUAUACAAAAGAGGUUUCUCCACUCCGCUGCUGAAAUGCUUAUCACCGGAGGAAGCUCAGUACGUGAUGAACGAGCUUCACAAUGGGGUGUGCGGAUUUCAUUCUGGACGGAGAACGUUGAAAGCCCGCAUCCUAAGAGCCUGA